AUGGUUGUCACCAGAAGCAAGCUACACAAGACGGACCAUUCUCAUGAUACUGGGACCUUGAAUAACCCUGAUGAUGUAUCAUCAGAAAACAUCCUCGGGUAUGAUGAUACUUAUGCGAAACCUCACAUUGACAAACCAAAGAAUAAGAAAAUCACAUUUGAUGAUGAUAGCGAGAGUAUACCCAAUGAAGAACUAGAAGAGAUUGAAGAUCAGGAGGAUGUUGGUGAUUUGGAGGAUAUUGAAGAGGAUGCUCCGGAAGAGGAAGAAGAAGAAGAAGAUGAUGAUGAAUCGGAUGAAGCGCCAGAAGAAGAGUCCACCAGUGCCGCUAAAGAGCAACUCAUAGCCAAGCAAAAGCAAGAACAACAACGACAAGCUGAAUUAGCCAGACAGGCCAAAGAACGAAGGAAACUACAAAAUGAACGUUUCAAGCAACAACAAUUGGAAAAGAAGGAGAAAGAAUUGGCCAGGAAGCAAAGUCAACUUGAUCAAGAGUUGCCAGAAUUUUUACCUGAUGAUAUUGGAUUCAUUCUUCAAAACUCCCAAAGCAAGGAGACACUACCACAAGUGAAACCCAAACACAUUCGACUCGAUGAAUCUGGAGUCCAUAUACUGAAGAGGCAGCAACUUGAACAAAAGUUGCGUGAAUUGAAAAAGAGUAAAACAACUGCGAUUAAAAAGGGACCUGUUUAUGUCAGGACUCAAACUUUUGGCACUGUUGUCAAAGUAGUGCCUAGAGCUGAGGGAAAGAUUUUGAAAAACAAACACAAAUGGUUGCAUAGGAAGGCCAUUGAUAGAAAGUGA